GGUUGCUCCCGCGAUGUCUGCCGUGGUGUCUGCUGCGUCUCCAGCUGGCGCCGGGGCGCGGGCGGCGCGAGCCGUGUUAGGCCAGGUGGUUCUUCCCGGCGAGGAGCUGCUGCUACCGGAACAGGAGGACCCAGAAGGGCUCGGCGGUACCGGGGAGCGACCAUUGCGCCUCAACACUGGGGCGCGCUCUCGAGUGCGGGUAGUUUGCGGCCCGGGCCUGCGGCGCUGUGGGGACCGCUUGUUGGUCACCAAAUGUGGUCGCCUCCGUCACAAGGAGCCCGGCGGCGGUAGCGGUGGUGGCGUCUACUGGGUGGAUUCCCAACAGAAGCGGUAUGUGCCAGUGAAAGGGGACCACGUUAUUGGCAUAGUGACAGCAAAAUCUGGAGAUAUAUUCAAAGUUGAUGUUGGGGGAAGUGAGCCAGCUUCCUUGUCUUACUUGGCAUUUGAAGGUGCAACUAAAAGAAACAGACCAAAUGUGCAGGUUGGAGAUCUCAUCUAUGGCCAAUUUGUGGUUGCUAAUAAAGAUAUGGAACCAGAGAUGGUCUGUAUUGACAGCUGUGGACGGGCCAAUGGAAUGGGUGUGAUUGGACAGGAUGGUCUGCUUUUUAAAGUGACUCUGGGCUUAAUUAGAAAGCUAUUAGCUCCAGAUUGUGAAAUCAUACAGGAAGUAGGAAAACUCUAUCCUCUGGAGAUUGUAUUUGGAAUGAAUGGAAGAAUAUGGGUUAAGGCAAAAACCAUUCAACAGACUUUAAUUUUGGCAAACAUUUUAGAAGCAUGUGAACAUAUGACAUCAGAGCAAAGAAAACAAAUCUUUGCCAGGUUGGCAGAAAGUUGAUAUAUGUGGACUUUAUUGGAUCAAAUCAGCCAAGAGAAUGAGUUUCAUGGAGAAACUUUUUCAGGUAAACUUCUAUAUUUUCAGAAGACAAGAUGUGAAUGUUCAUACUGUCUUUUAGAAUUGAAUAAAAUAUUUUUGU